CAGCGUUGUCUAGGGGUGAGCAAAAUUUUGAACUAACCGACCAAACCGACCGAACCGAUGAUUUUCGGUCGGUUUGGUUCGGUGUUAAACUUCUAUUCGGUCGGUUCGGUUAUAAAAAUUAAAAUUUUUAGUUUUCGGUUUUCGGUUCGGUUUUUAAUUUAAUUUUUAUACUAUAACCGAACCGACCGAUUAAAUGAAACAAUUUGCUUUACAUUUACUAAUACACAGCGUUUUACUCUUUCUAAAUUUUAAGGUUUUAUUCCUUAAGGCAUAACACCAUUUUUCUUAACCUAGCAAACUCCUUACACUGCAGCCGUCACCCAUUUCCCUUCCUAUUUCAAAUCUUCCAAUCCUCAUUUCUCUUUUCAUUCAUAAAUGGAAAUCGACGAUGAUAUAAUCUCUGAUUCACCAAGCUAUCAACAAAUUCUCAAUCACCUAAUGGAGACCGAAGAAGAGAAUGAAUUGAUUCAACCGACAUUGAAUGAGAAAGAAGCACAACCUCAAGAACAAAAGGUGAUCACUAAAAAGAGAGCUACAAGUACGAGGCCAAGAUCCAUUGUGUGGGAUCAUUUUGAUAUCAUCUCAGUCGGGGGAGAGAAAAAAUCCAAGUGCAAACAUUGUGGCAAAGAGUAUUUUUGUGAUGCAAAGAAAAAUGGUUGUUGCUGCUACUUUUGUAGGUUGCUGCUGCUUCUUUUGUUGGAAGCUUAUGCUGCUAUUUUUGGAGGUCCUCGUUGCUGCUGCUUUUAUUUUGGAUUAGUUGAGAAUGACAUUUUGUUAAGUAUUUUGGUUGUUUUGGUUAAGUAUUUUGAAUCAUUCUCUUGGAUAUAAUUGGUGAUAUUAGGCUCGUUUUGGAGGCUGCAUUCCAGCUAUUAUUAGUGCUUUUGAUGUAUUACCAUAAUUAUGAAUGAUUGUAUGGACAAUUGGAAUUCAAAAAUUAGAGUGUUAAGUUUUC